ACUCUGGCAGUCUUGAAUUUUUGCUGGUGUUGCUGCUGAGAGGACGGCGGGCGGCGGCGGCUAAGAAAGAAGAAAGACGUGGCAGCAAGCGGGAGUCGGGGAUAGUGUCGACGGUUCGAUUUGGGGAUAUUCCCUGCCCAAAAAUUUCCUGGAAAAUUGACUAGUAUUAAGUGCGUAAUAGAUUGGAACUCAGUGAAGACACAGACAUUCCUGCUGAAAGCAACCAGCUAAUGAUUACGUUUAAAAGACGAUUUCUGUGAUUGAGUUUGUCUUUUGGAAGAUUAAAUCCGUUUUAAGAGGACUUGGAGCUGGUCCUCACCUUGAGGAAGCAGUGGCUUGUUUUCAGGCAGCCACUUCUCAUCUAAGGAUCUACUCAGCAUGCCUAAUCAAGGAGAAGACUGCUAUUUUUUUUUCUAUUCUACAUGUACUAAAGGUGACAGCUGUCCAUUCCGUCACUGUGAAGCUGCACUAGGAAAUGAAACUGUUUGCACUUUGUGGCAGGAAGGGCGCUGUUUUCGACAGGUGUGCAGGUUUCGGCACAUGGAGAUUGAUAAAAAACGCAGCGAGAUUCCUUGUUAUUGGGAAAAUCAGCCGAUGGGAUGCCAGAAACUAAACUGUGCUUUCCAUCACAACAGAGGACGCUAUGUUGAUGGCCUUUUCCUACCUCCAAGCAAAACUGUGUUGCCCACUGUGCCUGAGUCACCAGAAGAGGAAGUGAAGGCUAGCCAGCUCACAGUUCAGCAGAACAAAUUGUCUGUCCAGUCUAAUCCCUCUCCUCAGCUGCGAAGCAUUAUGAAAGUAGAAAGUUCAGAAAAUGUCCCCAGCCCUACACACCCACCAGUGGUGAUCAACGCUGCCGACGACGACGAAGAUGAUGAUGAUCAGUUUUCUGAGGAAGGUGAUGAAACCAAAACACCUACCCUACAACCAACUCCUGAAGUUCAUAAUGGAUUACGAGUGGCUUCUGUCCGGAAACCUGGGGUCAAUUUAAAACAAGGUGAAUGUUUGAAUUUUGGAAUAAAAACUCUUGAAGAAAUUAAAUCAAAGAAAAUGAAGGAAAAAUCAAAGAAGCAAGGUGAAGGUUCUUCAGGAGUUUCCGGUCUUUUACUCCAACCACAGCCCAUUCCAGGUCCUGAAAAAGAGAAUGUCCGGACUGUGGUGAGGACAGUAACUCUGUCCAGCAAACAAGGAGAAGAACCUUUGGUAAGAUUGAGUCUAACCGAGAGACUGGGGAAACGGAAAUUUUCAGUAGGUGGUGACAGUGAUCCUCCAUUAAAGCGUAGCCUUGCACAAAGGCUCGGGAAGAAAGUUGAAGCUCCAGAGACUAACACUGACAAAACACCAAAGAAAGUUCAAGUUUCCAAGUCUCUGAAGGAGCGAUUAGGCACGUCAGGUAGUCCAAACAGUGAGGAGGCAGCAGAGAGAGUUACUAAAGUUGGUGAAAUCCAUGUGAAGACAUUAGAAGAAAUUCUUCUUGAAAGAGCCAGUCAAAAACGUGGAGAAUUGCAAACUAAACUCAAGACAGAAGGACCUUCAAAAGUUGAUGAUUCUACUUCAGGAACAAGAACCUCCUCUACCAUCAGAAUCAAAACGUUCUCUGAGGUCUUGGCUGAAAAGAAACACCGGCAGCAGGAAGCAGAGAGACAAAAAAGCAAAAAGGACGCAACCUGCAUCAAGCUAAAGACUGAUAAUGAGAUUAAAAAAACAAUGGUUUUCCCACCCGUAGUAGCCAGCAGAGGACAAUCAGAGGAACCUGCAGGUAGAGCAAAGUCUAUGCAGGAAGUGCAUAUCAAGACGCUGGAGGAAAUUAAACUGGAGAAGGCUCUGAGGGUACAGCAGAGCUCAGAGAGCAGCACCAGCUCCCAGCCUCAGCCUGAGGCCACGCCAGGGGCAAGACGGCUUCUCCGGAUCACUAAAAAAACAGGUAUAAAAGAAGAAAAGAAACUUGAAGAAGAAAGUGACAUUGCUUCUCAGAGCAGUGUUACUAGAACAGAGGCUAAAGAGGCUUCAGAUGAGACCGCAGCAGUUGGCAUCACUAAAAUUCAAGUCAAGAGAUGUGAGACAGUGAGAGAAAAGCAUGUGCAGAAACUGCCGGAGAAGGUAACCUCACAGAAGGAAAAAUCAGUUUUGACACCCCUUCGGGGAGAUUUAGACUCUUGCAAUACCCAGUUAGCAGAGAAACCAGUGCUCACUACCGUGCUAGGCAUCACACGGCACCUGACUAAACGGCUUCCUUCAAAGUCAUCCCAGAAGGCAGAGGUAGAAACCUCAGGAAUCGGGGACUCAAAAUUGAACGUGAAAUGUGCAGCACAGACCUUGGAAAAAAGGGGUAAAGCUAAACCUAAAGUGAAUGUGAAGCCAUCUGUGGUUAAAGUUGUCUCAUCACCCAAACUAGCCCCAAAACGUAAGGCAGUAGAGGUCCACCCUGCUGUCAUUGCAGCUGUGAAGCCACUCAGCUCCAGCAGUGUCCUGCAGGAAAGCCCAGCCAAAAAAGCAGCUAUGGCUGUUGUCCCACUUCUCUCUGAGGACAAAUCAGUCACUGUGCCUGAGACAGAAAAACCUAGAGACAGUUUUGUGCUGCCUCCGACCCAGUCCUCUUCAGAUUCUUUUCCACCAGAAGUAUCUGGCCCUUCCUCAUCCCAGAUGGGCACAAAAACUCGCCGACUCAGCUCUGCCUCAGCAGGAAAGCCCCCACUCUCUAUGGAGGAUGAUUUUGAGAAACUGAUAUGGGAGAUUUCAGGAGGCAAAUUAGAAGCUGAGAUUGACCUGGAUCCUGGGAAGGAUGAAGAUGACCUUCUGCUUGAGCUGUCAGAAAUGAUUGAUAGCUGAAGGUGGUAGUAGAACAUUUAAAACAGUAGAACAUUUAAAACAAACAAACAAAAAUCGCCAAAAAAACCUGGAUUUAGUUUCAUCUAUUAUAACAUUUAUUCAAAAUGAUCAUUUCUUUAGUCUAGAAUUUGCCCCAAAUCAGAAGUAUACCUCUGAAUUAUCCAUAUGUGUCCUGGAUUCCUUGGGGUCGGAUUUUUAAAGUCCCUUGGUAGUCAUUUUGUCCAUUUGAUGCCAUUGUUUAGCAUCUUUGAGAAAAAAGUUCUGUCUUACCCCUCUUUCCACAAAAAGACUGAGUGGGAGACCUAAGUGAAAGGGUACAGGAAAACUUAGUGACUCCUUGAGGUGUUUGUCAUUUUUUGGCUUUUUUUCCCCUUUGUUGUAUUAUUUUUUUAUGUAUUGUCUUAAUGUACCUAUUGUUACCUGAGUUUGAAAAGGAUGAAGACAGCUGCUACCAUUAAGGACCAAAUUUCAUGCCACCACAAAACAAAAAAAUCCACUGUCUGUGUUAAAUUGUAUGUGUUUUUAAAGGUAUUUGGAGAAUUCAACUAAGCUUUUAGAGACAGCUGAGCAGCUCAGGAAACUUGUAAUCUGGACUUACCUUUUUGGACCUGAUUUUCAUGCUUCUGCUGCUCUGUAUGUCUCUGAAGAGCAAUAGCUAAUUUAUUAUUACUGUAAUUUUUUAAGGCUUUAAAGUGCCUCAGGGGUCCUCUGAAACUAAUUUUCUAUUUCUGGGAUUCCCUGGAUUCUUAAUAAGAGAUGGUGACAUAAUGAUUACAGGAAUUUAUUUUUAGUAAGAAAGUUGUCCCUUCUUCAGUACUUGCCUCACUAGCAUUGAAUUAUCACAGGGAUAAAAAUUGGUUAAUUUUUAAUUUCUAAUUCUCCUGGCAAACUCCUCUUGCCCAGUAUUUAUUUGGUGCCCUUUAACCGCCUGGGGUGGGGUAGGGAAUGAACUCAUUCAAGCUGCCAUUAUUUAUCUAUGGACUGUAGCAGUACACCGAAUUGUACUGUAGCAGGGAUUAUCGAGAUGCUCUGGGGGUGUAUUGUAUACCUUCCAGCUUUCUUCAUUUCUGAAUUGAAUUUUCUUUUCUCGAUGUUGGUCUCCUUCAUAUCACCUCAAGGUUUAGACUUGUGAAGGAACAAGUAUGCUGGGGAUAAUAGUCUUGAAACAUAUUGUACAUAAUCAAAAGGAAGAGGAAAGGACCUGCCCGUUUUGAUAUUUUGCUAUAGGUGGCCAGUUUUGUUUCUCAUAGGGAAAUUUGACCCACCUGUCAUGUUGGCUCCUAAGGAACUGGUGUUGUAAGCGGCUCAUCAAGAGUUGAACUUCAUGUAGCCUUGUUGGGAAUAUGGAAAGGAAGAAAGCCACAGGACUGCCCAUUCAGUCUUGGGAAGAUCUGGAUAAUUCUACACAAGCAAAAAUGACUUGAAAUUUAUGUAUAUACACUUCUCUCUACCAAUCCAUCUUCAGCUGACUGAAUGUUGUCUAAUAGCCCUUCUCCAAAGCAAGGGUGGAAUGUUCUGGUUUCAACGCAGAUUUUCUACUCAUUUCAUUUUUGGAAUCGGCUUGUAGAUUCCAAGUCCUUUUUGUAUAUAACCUUUAUUCUUUUGCUUUUUUAAAAAUAAUUUUGUUUCAUAUUUAAAGCCCUGUAUUAGUCAAUGAUUCAUGUUCAGCAUUAUUUGAACCAUUUGGCACUAUAGAAAGAUAAAUACUUAUUUGUUUUAAAUAAAACUGAUGUAGGAAAGUCUU